UACAUACACUGCAAGUGAAUCCACCGGAAACAACAAGCUCAGGCACAGUGACCUGCCGCGAGGUUGCCGCCAACGGCAGAGCCUCUAUUAAGGGCGCCCGGCGCCGGAGUGAUGCUGCAAUUAGCAUUUCAGAGCAUUGGAGUGGUGUGCGGAUCGACAUCGGUACGUCGCCGUUGUACGUACUGGCGGGGACCUUCACCGGAGAAAUCCAGGACAAGGAUGACCAUUAUAAGUGUUGUGUCGAUUAUCUUCUACACUUUGACGUUGGUCGAUUCUGCUCAUCAAAUACGUCUUAAUCGUCCUGCUUGCCAACAACAACGGCGAGGGAUUGCUGUGGUGUUUGUAAUGACUCUUACCUGGUUCUUGUCAUGCUAGUGAUCUGGGAGACUCACAUGGUGCUUGUAAUCGGAUUUAUUUUGGUUUUCGGCACGGCGGAGCUGGUGUACUUGAGCGCAGUUCUUUACAAGUUCGAUGAAGGCGGGUGCCUUCCGCUUGCGUUUGCAGCGGUUAUAAUGACAGUCACCUACGUGUGGAACCAUGUGUACAGGAAGAGGUACUGCUACGAGGUGGAGCACAGUGUCUCUCCGGAGAUGGCGAUGGAGAUUUUUAGAGAAGCCAAGUUAACAAGGCUGCCGGGGCUCGCCAUCUUUUACUCGGAGAUGGUUCACGGAAUCCCUCCCCUGUUCAUGCAUUAUGUCGAGAAUGUGCCGGCGCUUCACUCUGUCCUUUUUUUCGUGUCAUUCAAAUCUUUGCCGAUCAGCAAAGUGCCGGUGGAGGAGAGGUUUGUCUUGCGGAGGAUGCAGCCGUGGGAUCUGAAUUUGUAUUGUUGCGCAGUGAGCUAUGGGUAUAAUGAUGCGCAUGGUGUCAAGGAGGACACUUUUGAGAAAUUGUUGGUUGAUAGAUUGAGGGAGUUCAUCGUGGAGGAGCCUAGGAGUGAAGAUGAGGUGUGUAGAGAAGAGGUCGAUAAUGAUGUGGAGGAUUUGGAGAAUGUUUGGCCAAGUGGAGUGGUGCAUUUGGUCGGGGAUCAUGAAGUGAUGGCGCGUAAAGGGUCGGGAUUUGGGAAGAGGGUGUUGAUCGAUUAUGUGUAUAAUUUCUUGGAGAUGAAUGUGAGGCGGAGGAAGAAAGUUUUCGACAUCCCACGCCGGAGAAUGCUUAAGGACACGGAAAGAAGGACAAAGUGAAGCGCAGGCACAUUCCCGACUAAUGCUUAACUAGGGGAGGGAUACACGGGGAACAUCUAUUCCAACACAUAUAAGAGAGAGCCAUCAAUUCCAACAAAAUCUAGAAGCAUGGAUACAGACAUUGGAAGUGAAUCGGCCGGCGAUGGUGGAAACAAUGGCGAAAAGCGUCUCCAGCAGAAGAAACUCUCCUGGAACAAGCUCAGGCGCUAUGACUCGCUGGAACUCGAGUCCGGCAAGGUUGCCGCCAACGGCGCUGCCUCUAUUAAGGGCGCCGGCGCCAGAGAGUCGUGGGCGGUGGUGCUGAAAUUGGCGUUUCAGAGCAUUGGAGUGGUGUACGGAGACAUCGGUACGUCGCCGUUGUAUGUGCUGGCGGGGACCUUCACGGGAGAAAUCCAGAACAAGGAUGACAUUAUCGCUGUUCUGUCGAUUAUCUUGUACACCAUAACGUUGAUUCCGCUGAUCAAAUACGUGUUUAUCGUCUUGCGCGCCAACGAUAACGGCGAGGGAGGGACAUUUGCUUUGUAUUCAUUACUAUGCCGACACGCAAGAGUGGGGUUGAUUCCCAGCCAGCAAGCAGAGGACCGAGAUGUGUCCACCUUUAGGCUCGAAUUGCCCAAUAGUGGCGCCCGCACAGCUUGCAGAGUCAAGUCUGCACUCGAGAACAGCAAUUUCGCCAAGCAUUUCAUGCUCUUCGCCACCAUGCUCGGUACUGCCAUGGUCAUUGGAGAUGGUAUUCUCACUCCCUGCAUCUCAGUGUUAUCUGCGGUGGGUGGAAUCAAGGAGGCUGCACCUUCUAUGAAUGAUGCAACGAUAGUUUGGAUAUCAGUGGCAAUCCUCAUAUUUCUUUUCUCCUUUCAAAGAUUUGGAACUGAUAAAGUGGGCUACACCUUCGCUCCCAUACUGUGUGUUUGGUUCGCUUUCAUUUCCGGAAUUGGCAUCUACAACUUCUUUAAAUACGACCCUACAGUCAUCAAAGCUUUAAACCCCAAAUACAUCGUCGAUUAUUUUAAGCGAAACAAAAAGGAAGCAUGGAUUUCUCUCGGUGGCACUGUUCUUUCUAUUACAGGGGCUGAAGCAUUAUUCGCUGAUGUUGGUCAUUUCUCGGUGAAUUCGAUACAAUUAAGCACGUGCACUGUGAUUUAUCCAGCUCUAAUGGUAGCAUACGCGGGACAAGGUGCUUACCUUCGUAAGCACACGGAUGUUGCUUCGGACAUCUUCUACAAGUCAAUCCCAGGUCCCAUGUACUGGCCAAUGUUUGUUGUUGCGGUGCUGGCAGCAGUGAUAGCGAGUCAAGCUUUGAUCUCAGGGACUUUCUCCAUCGUUCAACAGUCCCUCGCCCUCGGAUGUUUCCCUCGCGUUAAGAUUGUCCACACUUCUCCGAAACAUCCUGGGCAGGUUUACAUUCCCGAAGUCAAUUACCUUCUGAUGCUGGCUUGCAUUUUCGUCACUCUUGGAUACAAGACUACCGAUCAGAUUGGCCAUGCCUAUGGGAUUGCUGUGGUGUUUGUAAUGACUCUCACGUCUGCAUUCCUGGUUCUUGUCAUGCUGGUGAUCUGGAAGACUCACAUAGUGCUUGUGAUCGGAUUUGUUUUGGUUUUCGGCACGGUUGAGCUGGUGUACUUGAGCUCAGUUCUUUACAAGUUCAAUGAAGGCGGGUACCUUCCCCUCGCGUUUGCAGCAGUUAUAAUGACAGUCACCUUCGUGUGGAACCAUGUGUACAGGAGAAGGUACUACUAUGAGCUGGAGCACAAGAUCUCUCCCGAGACAGCAAUGGAGAUUAUUCAAGAAACCAAGUCGACAAGGCUACCAGGGCUUGCCAUCUUUUACUCGGAGUUGGCUCAUGGUAUCCCUCCCCUGUUCAGGCAUUAUGUCGAGAAUGUGCCGGCGCUUCACUCUGUCCUUGUUUUCGUAUCCUUCAAAUCCUUGCCUAUCAGCAAAGUGCCCGAGGAAGAGAGGUUCCUCUUGCGAAGGGUGCAGCCGCGGGAUCUGAAUUUGUAUCGUUGUGUGGUGCGCUAUGGGUACAACGAUGCGCGUGGCAUUAAGGAGGACUCGUUUGAGAAAUUGUUGGUUGAUAGAUUGAGGCAGUUCAUUGUGGAGGAUGGCUACAUCGGCCAGGCGCGGGAACAACGAGGGAAUGAAGAUGAGGCCUGCAUCGAAGAGGUCGAUAAUGAUACUGAAGUGGCUAGAGAUGUGGAGGAUUUGGAGAAUGCGUGGAGAAGCGGAGUGGUGCAUCUGGUCGGAGAUCAUGAAGUGAUGGCGCGAAAAGGGUCGGGAUUGGGGAAGAGGGUGUUGAUCGAUUAUGCGUAUAAUUUCCUCAAGAGGAAUGUGAGGCAGAGUAAGGAAGUUUACGAUAUCCCACACCGGAGAAUGCUUAAGGUGGGGAUGAUAUAUGAGCUUUAGAAUAGCUGCAGCAUGGAUGCCUGGGGCUGGGUACUGUCUUUCUUUCUUGCUCUCUCACUAUAUCGAGCAGGACAGGACAACUGUUGUGAAAGUUAAAACUUUGUUCUAGUUCUAGCAUUUAA